GGGCAAAUAUAGGUUAGUCUGUCACAUCUCGUGCUGGCGAGAGAAGCACGGACGAAACGAGCGUGCGCUCUCAAGUCCCGGUGUCUAGUUUUUAGGAACAUGGACAUGUAUUCGAAGGUUCCAUGGACGACUGUGAGUUGAUUCGAUCACAACCCAAGAUAUUUCGUCUCGUCUGACGUGAAGCGACCAGUCUGUGAGGAAGCCCAUUCAUCGCUCGUUGUACAAUAGGCCGACAUUACGUUAGACCGUGCGCUUGUUACAAGCCAACUUCCGCGAUAACUCAACAUCAUUGUAACCGCUCAAACAUUUUGUCUGCCAUUGCUCUUGUUGGUGAAUCUACAUUAGUCUGUGAAAUGACAGAUAUCUGUUCAACCUUUGAAUUCCAGUGUAGAAAUUCGCCAAUAACGGAAUUCCAACAACACAGUGUUAGGGUUUGUCAAUGAGGACAACCUUACUCUCUGUACAAAGGAAUCUGAAGAAGCACCGUUCAGUCUAGAGUAUGACCACGAUGGGCAAAGAAGCUAGUUUGGACGGUUUAGAGUUUGAUGGGGAAACAGUACUUUGUCGAGUGUGUGGGGACAAAGCUAGCGGCUUUCACUAUGGCGUACAUGCAUGUGAAGGCUGUAAGGGCUUCUUCCGACGUAGUAUACAACAGAAGAUCCAAUACAGACCCUGUCUUAAGAACCAGCAGUGCAAUAUCAUGCGAGUUAAUCGGAACCGGUGUCAAUACUGUAGGUUGAAGAAAUGUAUUUCAGUUGGAAUGUCCAGAGAUGCCGUGAGGUUUGGACGUGUCCCAAAGAAGGAGAAAGCUCGUAUUAUUGAGCAGAUGCAGAAAGUGAACUCCCAGUCCCAGACCAUAGCUCUAUCUACCAUCCUCCAGAAUGAGACCGAUGUUAUACAGGCUGUCGUCAACAGCCAUCACCUCACGUGUGAAUUUACUUCACUUCAUGUUCAGAAGAUGAGGGAGAACGCCCUUCAAACUAAUGAGUAUCUCAACUGUCCAGCACACAUGGCUUGCCCUCUCAACAACCAGCUCGGCAUGGACAACAACGCCAACAACGCUGACUGGGAAGAUUUCUCUGAGAGCUUCACACCCGCCAUUAAGUCAGUUGUGGACUUUGCCAAGGGUAUCCCAGGAUUCACUCUGUUGAACCAGGAUGAUCAGGUCACACUGCUCAAGGCUGGGACGUUUGAGGUGCUGCUUGUGAGACUUGCCUGUCUGUUUGACCCAGACACAAACACCAUGAUGUUCACAGGAGGCCGACUCUUCAAGAGACAUCUAGCUUCGAUGACGUCAAAUGCUGGCUUUCUGUUGGAUUCUAUGUUUGACUUUGCUGAGAGAUUCAAUCGAUUGAACUUAAGUGAUGAUGAACUGGCUGUCUUCUCUGCUAUUGUAUUGUUGUCACCAGACCGUCCUGGCCUCCGUAACCUGGAGCAGGUGGAGAGGAUACAGAACAGACUGACCGAGGCUCUCCAGAACAUCAUUAACACAAACCACAAAGAGGACAGCACACUCUUCGCUAAACUGCUCAUGAAAACCACAGACCUCCGCACACUCAACACAUUGCACUCAGAGAAAUCCAUAGCUGGUCAAAAUGGCAGCCGAAAUGCUCAAGAAAAACGUAACAGUGCUGAAGAGAUGGAGAUGGACUUUCAAGAUGCUCAAAGUAUACGAUCUGUCCGUUCUGUGUCGCCCACCCUCUCAGAGGCAUCCUCUAACAUGACUGUGACCUCCGGGAUUCAACAGCGCGACUCCGCCUCUAUUGACAGCAACGGCGUGCCUAGUCAACGACUACCAUUUGAAGCAGCAGCUCACCAACAGGUGGUACUGAGAACCCCAUAUGGAACAUUCUACCGCGAGGAAAUGAGUGGUUUCUAUGGAAUGGUUGCUGAUCAACCUCGACGCCGGUGCAAUACAUUAGAUCGUGAUACGCUCACACGACCUCGUCUGCAUACUAUUGAGGAAGGAAACAGGAGAAGAUAUACUUUGGACAGAGAGUACAUUAACAAAAUGGUGAACAAACUGAGUGAUCGUCUGGAAAAGCGUGCAACUUUCAGAGGAGACAGCAUGCCACCUUCUAUAUCAAGCAGUGCGGCCAGUAGUCCAAUUCCAGAGGAGAAUUAUCCAUAUUUGAACAGCAACCGCGAGUUUGUGCCAAUAUCCACUGCAGAUUCCAGCCAUUGCAGUUCUCGUGCCAGUCCUCUUCUCAACCCAGAAGGACUCAUAGCAUUUGGGUCUUCACCCAAUUCACCCCGUCCAAGGUCAAGGUCAGGGUCAUUUGGCACGGAUGACUAUCCUAACAUGCGCCCUCGCUGCUACAGUUUUCAUAUCAAUAGCGAAGGCCGAGCAUCUCGCGUGUCCUCUCUCAAGCAGUUCCCUGACAAAGAUCAGAUGUCAGCCGAUUCUCAGUACCUGUCCCCCGAGAUGAGGCGAGGCAGCAUCAGCUCUUCCUACGGUCUUCAUGCCAGAAAGAAAUCCUUGCUGGUUGACCGCCAUCCAUCUUAUCUCAGUGUCAACCCAGAAACUCUCCUUCAUGAUGCUGAGAAAAGAGCUCAUGGUCAAGAAAUGGCUAAACUCAAGAGAAUGGUUCAGGAGCAGGCCAUGUAUGAUGCUGCCACCCGACACGGCCUCUACCCCCCACCCAGCUCUGUGAUUGGCAUCUCCCCACCCCCUCCCGUCCUUCUCCGUAUCAGCCCCCGAGAUGAUCAAAUGGGUGGGAAGUCCUCGGACGUUGACAUGCCAGUACUCAGAAAGGCAGGAAUCGAGGCUUUCGGGGCAGAGAAGAGAAGUUCUCCCAAAGAAGCAUCUGCCACAGUGACCACUGCCUCUCUCUCUGGGUCAUCAGAGAGGCUGGACAUCGACAUCAAGUCAGAGGAUGAAGCCACUCCGGAGAUCUUCCACAAGAAGUUUGACAAGAUGAGAAAACAUACUGUACAUUCCAGUAAUGAAGACUAUGAUAAUUCCAUGACUCUAGACUCCUCCCCCACCCCAGAGGACUCAGAGAUUGCUGCAGUUAUCAGAGAUGCUUGUGUGAAAGAAGAACAAGAUGAAAAAUCCAAAAGAUCUGCGAGAGAAGCUCACCCUAACCUUCUUGCUCACCUCAAAGCCCCAACUCAGGUUGUUCAGCCACAGCUUACACGGCCAACAAUACCCACAAUUCCCUGGAACCAUGCCUAUCCCAUGAUGCAGCAGGCAGGGUCUUCCUCCAUGACAGACAGCCCUAAUAUGAUGUAUAGCGGCAUUCAAGGUCAAUGUCCAGUGAAUGGAGUCUCAUUGGAGGCCAAACCCAAAGUGGCUGCAGAAGCUGGAUCUAAGGAGCAGUUCCAUGCCACAGCAGUGUCUCAUCUGAAGGACAAGUUGAUGAGGAAGUUUGAUAGUAUGGAGAAUUUGCAGAAAAUAGCCAAGGAAAAUGGUGUUCAGGACAGUAAGCAGAAGCCCAGCACACCUGCCACCAAUGGGACAGUGCUGCUUCCGCCCACAACUUCCCAGGCUCAAGUGACAGCAGCUCUCCUCGCCUCCCAGAACUACUCCUCAGCUCUCUACCAGUCCAUGUUAAAUCGAGAUCUGCCCCAGAUGAGGGGUGUUAGCUUCCCCCCAGGCCCCCUCAACCAACAUCUUGCCAACAUGCAGCAGUUCACUCAGCCCUAUGGCAGCAAAAGUGCAGCACAAACCACAGACAAACGGAAUGACCACACUCAGCCUCUGAACCUGUCCACUCCGAGGCCCGAGGAAUCUCUACCUACUAGUCAGGCCAUGUCCAGGAUGUCAAAUAGCGUGGAGAAAGAGGCUGGGGUCUGAUUCUCACCUCUGACACAAUGAGGAGUGCAUCAUUCCUCAAGGACUAACUACAGCAGCAGGUGCUAUGAUCAUUGAAUAUUUGCAUUUUAUGUUAACUGUGACAAGAGCAGCUAUAUUUGACUCGCUGAGUAGUGUUGUGGGUGCACGAAGAGAGAAGUUGGAUCUGGUUUUGCUUGUGUGCUGACAGUCAUUCAGCCCUGUAGAUGACUAUGUUCACAUCUCCGCAGAAAAUGGCAUUUCUUGUACGUUUACAGACGUGCCUUCAAGAUGCUCCGAUGGAUAGGAUUCACCCAGACAGUUUGUAAAUUGCCAAAAUUUGAUUUAUGUGUUUGCUGACAUUUGACUUUAUCCUUGGCUAUAUGCAUUUAGUAGCGAUUGACCUGUGUCUGUGGAUGAUGGUGUUCUUGUACAGGCGGCAGAAAAGACCCAGGGAAGGAUGUGCAAGCUUAGAUGCAGGCGACAAAAGGGAGUGGAUAUUAUGCUGUAGAUAUGAAAAGACGGUAGUAUUAGCUCUUAGACAUUACAUUUGAUAUGGCCUUGCAAAUCCUGAUUUCACAAACAUGGCUGCUGACAAGUUCAUGUUUCGUGACAACAGCACGAGACAGAGCAGUUGGUGCCACCACCUAUGAUGUGAUAACUAUGACCUGAUGUGAUCUACGAGACUCCAUUGCUGAAAGUGAUAACUAUGGCCAUCUUCUCAGUCUCAAAG